AUGACUAAACAUAUUGCUUUGAUCAUGGUUGCUUUGAGCAAUACAGGCAUCCCAAGAGUUUGUGUUGCAGUUGGUGCAUUGGGUGAUGAGAAACCAGAGGUUAACAUCAGUGAGGAAGAAUUUCUGCAGUUUGACACAUCAGAUAUUCCUGUCAUAGUUACAUUAACAAAGGAAAGGACAUAUUUGUGGCUGACUAAACGAGGUGGUGUAGGCCUGGAUCCAAGCAUCAUUCUUGAUAUGAUGUCUGUGGUAAAACAUGUAAGUGAGCAGCUAAUAAACAAAUUGGAUUUUGAGAUAGCUGCUGCUGAAGCUGGGGAAGAAGAAUCAUGGCAUGGUUAG